AUGCUUAUCUAGCAAAUCUAAUCCUAUCUCAUUGAGAUAUUCAAACUCUACACCUCUACAGAGUAACCGAUUCUUAAAGAAGCCUUUAUAAUUGAUAAGAUCUCAUAGUUCAAAAAGCAUUUUCUCAGGAAAAAUAAGCAGCCCUAUGGAGAAAAUGAAGAUUUGAGUAAAGUUAUAGUUGGGACACUUUAUGGGGCUAAAUUCUUUGAGAAAGAAAUUUAAUCUUAAUCGUGGUCUAUAAAUUUAGACAAGGCAUUGGUAUGGGAAUAGAAUAUGCUUACAAAGCUAGAAAAUAAAUCUAAAUUAUUGGAAUGUCAGAAUUAGUACAUGAAUAUUCAUGAUUGCAUAGACCCCUCCUACUUCUUAGCUAGCAGUAAUGAUAAACUAGAACAAUCUGAAGACAUAAAUGCCUAAAAUGAUCAUAAUAAUUAAAGUGAUUUUAACAAUAAAAGCACUCCUGCUUAAAAGAAUCUAGGAGAUAAAUUGCUAGGAAAACGAAAAAAUAUGGACUUGAUUUCAUAAUUUGAGGAUGUAAGAAAAAGAUCUUAAAAGUAUUAAAUUGUUCAAGAUCCAAUUGAUAAAGUAAAAUAAAUAGUUAAUCAGUCAAAAGAGGAACUUGCUAAAAAUGAUAGUGUAGAGUAUGUUAUUGGAAUGUAGCACUCAUUUAUGCUUUUGAAAGAUAUUAUCAAACAAGCCCUUAAACAUCAAGAAACUAAACUCUUGAAUACUUUUAAUCGAGAUAUUUCUAAUUCUAAAAUCAAUUGA